UCCAGUUAAAAUCGAGAGGAUGACGAGAACACAACUAAGGUUUUACUUUUCUGCAAUACUCGUAUGCCUAACAUAUUUCUGUGUGGAGGGUUCCUACAAGUUCAAUUCGCUGGCUUGUGAGGUUAUCAACCCAAAUCUAGUAAAGAUCAAAGAGUGCGCCAUCAAAGCAAUCGAUCGGAAGCAUAAUAUGAUGAAUAUCGUCGCCUAUCUAAACAAAACCAUUGCAGACUUUCAAGUCCAUUUUAGAAUGGUGAAACGCGAAAGCGGUGGCUGGCAUCCGUUUCUAUAUGAUAUGAAGGUGGAUGCUUGCAUGUUCUUCAGGAACCGCAGAAAGUUAUUUAUUCCCAAUUUAAUAUACUCGUAUCUAAAGCAUUUUACGAAUGUAAAUCACACCUGUCCCUACUUGGCUGAAACUGAACUGAGUCUGUUGCGUUGGAGCCCGGAUGAAGUGGGAGUUUUAGAGAAAUUUCCCGUAGAAUUCGGCCAAUAUGGAAUGCAUACAACUUGGUAUUCAGGCAAAGUACCUGCUUUGGAAAUUAAUGGCUCAGUUCUAUACUUUAAAUGA